AUACGCCAACUGCAACAAAUAAGUUAUAUUGACGAAAGUUAAACCGAAAACAAAUCUGCAUUUAUUUCAAAAGGGAAAUUGAUUGAACAAACUGAUUAGCAGGAAUUUACACAAGUUAUUGGAAAACUAAUUGGUUGUCUCCAUCCUUCCAAACAAUCUUCCAUAUUAAGACUGGAAUGUUGUCUAAGAAAGAUCAUAAUCCACAGAAACGGAAACAUGAUAUAAGUAUGAAACAGAAUUAUACCAAUAUGAUGUCUAAAAGAUUCCAUACUCGACCGCUCGGACAUAUUGUACCAGAAAGCAGGGUUGAGCUUCAAGUGGAGAAGGCUCUUUUUAAAACUAAUAUGCGUUUGCUUUCUGACAUGAUCACAACAAGCAGACAUCCCCAGUCCUUAUAUAGUCCUUAUUAUCAUCAGGAGCAGACAAAUAAUUUACAAAAGCGCUUUUUCCAGACGAGAAGCGAAAGACUACAUAAGGUAAACGAUGCUGAGUAUCAGGCUAAAUUCACAACAACCAUUCAAGACAGAGUUGUAAGUGCCGACCAAACAAGGCUUGAUACAUUAAGAUUGCUCCAAUAUCAAACCCCAAUUUGUGACAGGCAUUAUAGACAUGAUCGAAUAAAAAAUAGACACGCACACUGUGAUGUGUUAGGCCCCUAUUAUUGUACAGACUGUAUUCAGUUAAAAAAGAGAAAAACAAGCGCAAAAACUCAUCAGAAGAAUUUUCCAAACAUUGAAGUGCAUCCACGAAGUCUUGUUGCUCCAGAAAAAAUUGACAGAGUUCUUAUGUCAAGAGAAAAACUAUUACUGAACGGAUUUACGUCUCCUGUUAUGAAACCUGAAAUUCCCUCGACCUACGAUGAAAAUGUUUAUCUUCCAGUUUAUACCGAAAAUGAGAUACACGAAAGACUUCGCAAUUCGCUCAGGGAUAAAAGUUGUAGCAGCUCACCUCGUAGUCCAAGGUCACCUUUGACAACAUACCGAACUUCCGUACCGAAAGAACUGUCUGCUUCGUCUAGUACUUUACCUCCAGAGAUGAAAGUAUCCGUGACCUUUGCACCAAAUAGAAUGUAACUGUAGGUGGGAUUUUUAAAAAUAAAAACAGUUUUCUUGGACGGAUUUAAAUAUUAAAACAAUUAAGGAAAUGAGCGCUUAAAUUUGCGAUCUCGCGGAUUUUUUUAUUGAAUCUUGCAAGCAACUAGACGAAGUGGAACUGCAUAUGAAAAAAUUAUAUGUUUAUUUUUUUAUAAUUUCCGAGAUAAUUGAAGGAUAACUAAUCCACGAAUUUGAAUAUCAAAAUGUUUUGUCAACGAGAUAUUUAACAUUACAUUAAUUCAAGAAUUCGCAUGAGUUUUAUAAAUUAUCAGUGUUGUUCGAUCACGUGUUGAAUAUUUUUUUUAAAUAUUUGAAUUCAUUAAAUUAUUCAUUCCCUUUAUUUCACUGAUUUUCAAUGUGAAUAAAGUAGAAAAUACAAGCUACUUAUUUCUUUUCUACGUGUUUUCUCUUCGUUCUAAUACAACUACUUGAUCACGUUUUGGCAACAUUUAUUGUUGUAUGACGUAAGAGGGGUUAAAUUAAUUUUUUUACUAGGGAAUGACUGUAUUUCAUUGCAACCAAUGUUAUAAUAUAUGAAUAACACAUAGCUGAGAGGGUGAUAGAGCAGAUUAAUUUGUUAUCCCGAGAAAACAUUGUAAACUGAGGCGAAGCCAAGGUUGACAAUGUCUUUUCGAGGGGUAACAAUCUGCUCUAUCACCCUCUCAGAUAUGUGAUAUUUAAUUUAUUAUACUGAAUGUUCUGUUAUUACUGUCUAUUGAAUUUCAAAUUCAAAGUAAUAAACUAUGUCGUCUUGUACAUUACAA